UACAGCUGGCCACGAAGGCAACCAAAGUGGGAUCGGGGGUGGACGGCAUGUUUCCUCUCAAGGUCGUGUGAUGAGGAAACCAGAGCAAGAUUCCAUGCCAUCGAAAAGGAGUAAACAUAACACAUGUUCCAAGGAUCAGACGCCUACGCACAAGGUUAUCCAUCAUGGUAGUAGCGUAAAUGUAAGUUCUUCAAGCAGUGAGCAUGAUGAUGAGCAGAUGUCCCCAUGGGGAGGGGGUACUUCGAAGGUCUCACCUUUGGUUCACGCUCGGAAGCUGCAUGCAAACCUAUUAGUUGCAGAGGUUCUCCGCCUUCGAAUGAGAGACAAGCAUGAAGAAGCUGACCAGCUUUCGAGAGUAUCAGAGAGAAAUGGAGGUUGUGCUGCAUGAUCAAAGCACUUCUGUUGAUGAGCCUAUGCAUGAGAAGGGAAGGAGAUCAAUCAGGCAUAUUAUAAAGCAUAUUGCAGCUGAACACAGGAAAGCAGAAGAAGAUGCUGACAUGCAUGCUGCAAAUAUAACUAUGCAGCAGAACCAACAUUGCGACAUGUCUAGACGCGUAGACGACAAGUAUGAUGAUUCAGUUCAUGCUCCCACAAGAAAGAGUGGAGAUGCAGGUGAGGAGAACAAUAGCACCAAUAGACACAUCUUAACCCAGAAAGAGCGAUGUAUGUAUUGUUUCGGAAACCCGUCCAGGCCAAACCAUCUGGUUGUUGCUGUAGGAAAUCUCACCUAAUGCUGCCACAGUUCAAGCCCAUUGUUCCAGGCACUAUAUCUUUCUUCUGUUGUAGGUAUUAAUUUUGCACCGCACUUCCAUGAGAACCGAGUUACAUAGUUGAUGUUGUGCACUCUGAUCAUUGUUUACGGUUCUUUGAUUUUUAGAAUUUAAUUAUACAUAUUUUAGCUUAUAUGUUCCCCCUUCUCACCUCUUUCUGCAUGAAUGUGUUGUAUCCAUUAUAAUGUCUUGUUGACAAGAUACUGAAAAUGCUAAUCUGAAGGCACCACUUUUAGUUCAACUUGAACUUGGUUUGUUGAGUAUAUUUGUAAAUCUUUGCCGCUCAUUCUGGAAGCAAAUGGUUCUGUGCAGCGACGCUCUCGGU